UCUCAGAGUGAGAUUCAGUAGAGAGUCUGGAAGGCGCCGAGUGUCGAGACGAUAUCGUACAAAUUCUCUCCUUGUGCCAUCUAUAUACAAAGCUCACUUUCGUCAUACAAGGGGCUUUUCCCCAACUUCUUUGGUAUAAGAGUCUUGUUCUCAACUCAAGGCGGAACGUGCCUUCUGCAAAGCAAGGUUGCCUGUGGCUGAUAGCAGAUAAAACUUUCUUCGUGAGGGGGCCAAGGAUAAGUCCAAUCCAUUAGGUUGUUCGAUUUGUUCGGAAAAGAAACGAGAUUGAAUCACCAUCUGAAUGUCGGCAUCGCAGAGGAUCCUCUGCGGUUUUCUCACUCCAACUCUCUCUCAUUCUUCCCGUUCUCCAAAGCUCAGAGCCUUCAUCUUCUCUCGCUCUCUAAAUCUCCGCCGUUCGAUUUCCGACUCAGUCAUGUCGAGCAAUGAGAGAAGGGGCACAAAUAGAAAACAGAAAUGGAAACAGAAAUCAAAACCUAACAAAAAAUCUCCAUCCAUGCAGAGUGCAUCAGAAGCUGCUGAAGCUGUCACCAACAGAUUUGGUGGGUUGGCUGUUGAUGAAAGCAGUGGCCAGACUUAUCAAGUUCCAGAUCCAUCCGUACAGUUUGGGAGUGUUUUACCGGCAGACCUGGCUCCUGUGCAAGGUCAGGAAGCAAUCUGGAAGCCCAAGUCUUUUGGAACUGUGAGUGGAGCCAGGUCAGUAGAAGUUGAAAAAACACCCAUAGAUAAAACAGGAGUUGAAAUAUUGGGGAAUGGAGCUGAAAUGGCAGUGGCUGAAAAAAGCUGUGCUGGUUUGAGUAAGUUAUUCAGCAGUAAUGCAUUGGCGGACUUUACUGUAGACAACUCCACAUACUCACUUGCCCAAAUAAGAGCUACAUUCUAUCCCAAAUUCGAAAAUGAGAAGUCAGACCAGGAGAUCAGGACGAGGAUGAUAGAGAUGGUUUCUAAAGGCCUGGCUACCUUAGAGGUUUCACUCAAACAUUCUGGAUCCCUUUUCAUGUAUGCCGGUCCUGAGGGUGGAGCAUAUGCCAAGAACAGCUAUGGGAAUAUAUACACUGCUGUUGGUGUUUUUGUUCUUGGGCGGAUGUUUCAUGAGGCAUGGGGUACUGCAGCGAGAAAAAAGCAAGUAGAAUUCAAUGACUUUAUUGAGAGGAACCGUAUAUCCAUAUCAAUGGAACUGGUUACUGCUGUUUUAGGGGAUCAUGGGCAGCGUCCCCAGGAGGAUUAUGUGGUUGUGACAGCUGUCACAGAAUUGGGCAAUGGAAAACCAAAGUUCUACUCAACUCCUGAUAUAAUUGCAUUUUGUCGGGAAUGGCGUCUACCAACAAAUCAUGUGUGGUUGUUGUCAACAAGGAAAUCAGUGACAUCAUUUUUUGCUGCCUACGACGCACUCUGUGAAGAAGGAACAGCAACACCUGUAUGUAAAGCUCUUGAUGAAGUUGCAGAUAUAUCUGUACCAGGAUCAAAGGACCAUGUAAAGGUGCAGGGUGAAAUCCUAGAGGGUCUUGUGGCUCGUAUAGUAAGCCAUGAGAGCUCAAAACAUUUGGAGAAAGUUUUGAGGGAUUUCCCUCCUCCACCAUCUGAGGCAGCUGGCUCUGAUUUAGGACCAAGCCUACGGGAAAUUUGUGCUGCAAAUAGGUCAGAUGAAAAGCAGCAAAUAAAAGCACUUCUUGAGAGUAUUGGCUCCUCCUUUUGCCCUGACUACUUAGACUGGUUUGGAAAUGAAAGUGUCGGUUUCCAUUCAAGAAAUGCUGAUCGGUCUGUUCUUUCAAAAUUUUUACAAGCUCGCCCUGCUGACUUUUCUACUACCAAGUUGCAGGAAAUGAUACGUUUAAUGAGGGAGAAGCGUUUCCCUGCUGCUUUUAAGUGUUACUAUAACUUCCACAAAGUUGAUUCUAUAUCAGCUGACAACCUUUACUUUAAAAUGGUCAUCCAUGUACACAGUGAUUCAGCUUUUCGACGAUACCAGAAAGAGAUGAGGUAUAAGCCAGGAUUGUGGCCGUUAUAUCGAGGCUUUUUUGUUGAUUUAAAUUUGUUCAAGGCGAACAAGGAGAAAGCUGCUGAAAUUGCAAAAAACAACAAUGAUCUAGGAAAAAAUGUUAAAGGUAACAGUGGCGCCUCAGGACAGGAAGGCUUAGCUGAUGAAGAUGCAAAUUUGAUGAUCAAACUGAAAUUUCUUACAUAUAAGUUGAGAACCUUUUUGAUUCGCAAUGGCUUGUCAAUUCUUUUCAAGGAAGGUCCUUCUGCUUACAGGGCCUAUUACCUGAGGCAAAUGAAAAUAUGGGGCACAUCAGCUGGAAAGCAGAGGGAGCUUAGCAAAAUGCUAGAUGAAUGGGCAGCACACAUACGAAGAAAGUACGGAACCAAGCAGCUAUCAUCAUCCAUAUACCUUAGUGAAGCUGAACCUUUUCUUGAACAGUAUGCAAAACGCAGUCCAGAGAAUCAGGCUCUGAUAGGAUCUGCUGGGGACUUUGUAAGAGCAGAGGACUUCUUGGCAAUUGUUGAAGGAGGCAGGGAUGAGGAAGGUGACCUUGAGAGAGAGCGGGAGGUAGCACCAUCAAGCCCUAGUCCCUCAGUCAAGGACACAGUGGCUAAAGAUGAGGGUCUGAUUGUUUUCUUUCCAGGGAUACCCGGCUGUGCUAAGUCUGCACUUUGCAAGGAAAUACUCAGUGCUCCUGGAGGAUUUGGCGAUGAUCGACCGGUGCAUAGUCUGAUGGGUGAUCUAAUCAAAGGAAGAUAUUGGCCUAAAGUUGCUGAGGAACGCAGGAGAAAACCAUGUUCUAUUAUACUUGCAGAUAAAAAUGCACCAAAUGAAGAAGUUUGGAGACAAAUUGAGGACAUGUGUCGAAGCACUAGGGCAUCUGCUGUCCCAGUUGUACCUGAUUCUGAAGGAACGGAUUCAAAUCCCUUUUCCCUUGAUGCAUUGGCUGUUUUCAUGUUUCGUGUGCUUCAACGAGUUAAUCAUCCGGGGAAUCUUGACAAGGCAUCUCCAAAUGCUGGAUAUGUGCUGCUAAUGUUUUAUCAUCUUUACGAGGGCAAGAGUCGUAAAGAGUUUGAGAGUGAAUUAAUUGAACGUUUUGGCUCACUUGUCAAGAUGCCACUGCUGAAGUCUGAUAGGAGCACUAUGCCUGAUUCUGUGAAGAAUUGUUUAGAGGAGGGAAUUAAUUUAUACAGACUUCACACCAACAGGCAUGGAAGAUUGGAGUCCACUAAAGGAACAUAUGCAAACGAGUGGUCCAAGUGGGAGAAGCAAUUGCGGGAUAUUUUAUUUGAUAAUGCUGAGUAUCUUACUUCUAUACAGGUUCCAUUUGAGUCUUCUGUUAGACAAGUUUUGGAACAGCUAAAAAGUAUUGCAAAGGGUGAUUAUCCAACACCAGGUACUGAGAAGAGGAAGUUUGGAACCAUUGUCUUUGCUGCUGUCAGUCUCCCUGUUACAGAAAUCCAGAGUCUCCUUGCUAAUUUGGCUGAGAAGAAUCCCAAGGUAGAAGCUUUCUUCAAGGACAAGCAUUUGGAGAACAGCCUUAGGAAUGCUCAUGUUACUCUUGCUCAUAAGAGAAGUCAUGGUGUUACAGCUGUUGCCAAUUACGGCCUGUUCCUCAAUCGACAGGUCCCUGUGGAUUUUACUGCUCUGCUCUUUUCAGAUAAAAUGGCUGCACUGGAAGCCUAUCCUGGCUCUGUUGAUGGUGAGAGGAUAACUUCGAAAAACCAGUGGCCUCAUGUUACCUUAUGGACUGGUGCAGGAGUUGCACCCAAGGAAGCCAACAUGUUACCAGAACUGAUUUCAGAGGGAACUGCAACUCGUAUUGAUAUCAGCCCACCUAUCACCAUCUCAGGCACACUGGAAUUUUUUUAGUUCUGCUUUCUCAUUUUACUCAUACAAUCAAAGAACUCUGUUGUAGUUUUGCUAUACCAAGUAAAGAAAAUGCUGAGAUUUAAGUGGGAGGAUUUUGGUGGAACUCAGAUUUUACUCCUGCACAAUUUUGUGUAUUUAGGCAAAUAAGAGGCACAUACGGUUAUAUCCUUCAGCUGACUAAAAGUUUGUGUAGCUUUGUUGUAUGGAAAUGGACGUGUAUGCAAGUUGCAUACUCAUUGUUGGGAAAAGAAACCGUAAUGUAGUUUUACUUUAAGAAAGCAGAAGCCACAGCUCGCUGCUUGAAACAUCCAGAGGCCAUGUACAGUGUUUUGAAUCAAUAUCAGGAGGCAGGAAGUCUAUGAACCCUUUUCCCCUUA